AUGCCGACACUUACUUUUGUCUGGACCAAAGAACCUUGUCCGCACAUUCAACUUUGGAGCGCCCGUGCUAAGUCUUUUUGUGACAACCCAGAGUGGUACCACUGCUUGGAAAACCAAGCAGGAGUUAUAAAGGAAAAAUGUAUUGCUCCCAGAAAAAUAAGAGAAGGAGAAUCAGAAAUAAUAGAAAGACGAUGCCCUCCCUCACUCUACCAACCAAAUGGACUAAUGUCAAAUCAGUACAAAUCAGUGACAUGUAUGUACGAAAAAGAUGUGUGUGGUGAUGAUGGAGAGGAAGCUUGUGAUGAAGGAAGUGACGUCAGUGACCGAAUGUGUCGAUGUGAUUUCAGAAAAGGGUACAGGGCUUAUGAAUAUUUACUGGAAAACCCGAAAAUGAAAUCAUGUUAUCAGCCAAGGUUUAAGGAAAGAGGAUGUGUUAUGCUUCCAUGUGAAAAGGGAAGAGAACUCAACAAAGCCUAUCAGUGUGUACCAGUUUGUCCUUCUGGGUACUAUAGAUCAGAGUCUGACUUUAACUGUGUGCCAAGACUAUCAAUUCCAAAUCCAAGCACAACAACAGAAACACCGAGCAAGAGUUCGACAAUCAAUAAACAGAUUGAGGAACCUGCAAUGACAGAUCAAGAUACUGAUGACAACACUGCUACUUAUGUUGCUAUUGCUGUUACCACCACCAGUACGUUAAUGAUUUUGAUGUUCUUGGGAAUUUAUUGUUACUGGAAAAGAAAAUAUUACAAAGAAACAGGAUUUGAUAAGAAUCGCAAGCCUAGUGUCACUUCUUUAAUAUCUUUAGAAGUUGAUGGAGGGGAUGGAGGAGAAAAUCUCCAUAAACCCAUUGGUGACAGUUUUCCAUACAGUGAAAUUGAUGUUAUCUCUGAACAUAAUGUGAAGGAGAGCAUUGGUUGCAUAAAAGUUGAGCCACACUCGGGGGGUAAAGGAAAUGGAACUGGGUUUAGAGUUGGAGAAAAAUAUGUCAUGACUGCGUACCACGUUGUGCAGGAUGUAUAUGAAAACUUUUGGAAGGAGCUACAUAAAAGAUUGAAAGAUGGGGAUCACGAAUGUAAGAAACUUUCAAAGCAGUUUGGUAAUCGGAAAUCUACGCCGGAGGAUGGGGAAUGGAGUCUGACAAAUUUUAUAGAGUCUCUUGACACUGGCACACAAAUGAAUUUGAAAGAUAUUGGAAUAGAAAUGGUGACACACAGCUGUUGUAUAACGUUCGGAUGUGUUGGGGAGAAAAAAGGAGAGUCUUUUACGUUUAGUUAUGACGCACCUUUUAUUUCGACAAAACAUGAUGUUGCAAUCCUGGAACUCACCACAAAACCUGGUCACCAGUUCCCAGCUCAACUUAACUUUGCCAACUUCAAUACACCCGCGAAUCGCUUACAUGUUGUAGGUCACCCAGGAGGUGGAGAAUUAAUAUUUGAUCCGUCAUGUAGCGUAAUAUCUGAUCAAAUCAAACUCGAAAGAACCAAAGAGGAAGCAAUAAAACAUUUUAUCUUCCUUGGAAAGACAAGAUCACAAGUUGAAAAAGAGUAUAAGGAAUGUAAACUUUCAUCAAAUCAUAUCCUCUUUCAUUGUUCAAAGAGUACUGCCCAUGGUGCUUCAGGGUCACCUUUAAUUCGAAUUGCAAAUGGAAAUCGAAAGCCCGAGGUAAUCGGUGUGCUUUUAAAGGGAUAUCCAAAGAUGUACUACAACGAUUUUCUAAACAACGAAAAAGCUAUCGAACACCCAGAGUUAUUGAUAGAGUCAGGAAUAACUGUGGAAAUGUUGAAGUCUUUGUUAAAACCACAUGAAUUAUCUAAACUUGCUCAAGAUAUUUUCAGUUAAUUUGAUGUAAAAAGUUGAUGCGCCGUAGAAAUGUAUAAAGGGUAAUUUCUUCUUCACGAAACUUUUGCCAUUUGUAGCCUCAAAUCUUACACGUCUUUGAUGUCAUGUAAAUGUCAUGUAAAUAAAUGUAUUUUGAUUUCUUGUUCGCGACAAAUAGAUGAUGCAUAUUGAAGAUUUAUCAUUGUAAAUUCAUAUUCUUUUAAAUUCAGAUACUUAAAUUUCAAAUCUAUCAUAUUUUAAGCUUUAACAAAGGUUACUCUGUGCAAUAUAUCCGACAAACAUGGUGUGAGACUAAUUCAUUAAAUUGCUUUGGAUUACUUGUAAAAGCAUUUAUGUCCUAUUUUUCCUCUUAGGUCUAGAACAUAAAAUGAAUAAGUGAAAAGGCCAGAUACAUGUACAUGUCAUGUUUUAUUUAAAUGAAAAUAAAUAGCAAAUCAUUAAUA